CAGGUCUACCAAGUGUGGUCUGGGUCCCCUUCGAGCAGCAGUCUCUGGCUUUUGCUCUCGCAGAAGAUAAUGAAUUAAAAGCCGCGGGCGGUGAGACCAAACACCUCCCUUGCAGACACAGCGUGCUCCAGGUGGUGCUUCCUUGCUCGCUUACAAGAAAAUAGCCGAAGAAAUUAAGGAGGGGGAGAAAAUGACUGAUCCUUCUGUAUGAGAUAAUGGAUGAGCCCGGGAUGACCUGUUUUUUUCCUUGCGGUGGAGCGGUGCUGAAGACAGAGGGCACCAGCGCCCAGCCCACAGCCGUCGCCCCGCCGCCAGCGCGCCAGCUCGGGGCGGCCGGAGAGCCGCCGAUGCCGGCUCCGAGCAGGCAGGGAGCCGCUGCCUCACCCGACCAGGUUAAAAGUCACUAGGAUGACGGCUGCCUGGGCACCUUCGAGAGUGAUGCUGUAAGAUUUCGCUGUGAUGGUAUUUGGAGCAACUUGGGCGCUGGCGGGGGGAAGCGGAUGCCAUUUCCUACAUGUCCUUAAACCAUGUGCAGGCACGAGGAGCACAUGAAAUUCGUAACCUGGGUCUGGAUGACAUCGUGCAACAAAAUGAUUGGCGUGCUGCUGGUCUUUUUCCCUGCUCUGCUCCUGGAGAUGGACGUGCUGCCCAGGAGCGCCGGGCGGAAGAUGCUUCUCUCUGCAGCCUCCUCGCAGCGGUCAGUGGCUCGGAUGGACGGGGAUGUCAUCAUCGGGGCCCUCUUCUCUGUCCAUCACCAGCCGCCGGCUGAGAAAGUGCCAGAGAGGAAGUGCGGGGAAAUCCGGGAGCAAUACGGCAUCCAGAGAGUAGAAGCCAUGUUUCACACUUUGGAUAAAAUUAACGCCGAUCCUGUCUUGCUACCUAACAUCACUCUGGGCAGCGAGAUCCGAGACUCCUGCUGGCACUCCUCGGUGGCCCUGGAGCAGAGCAUCGAGUUCAUACGGGACUCCCUCAUCUCCAUUAGGGACGACAGGGACGGAGGCACCCGCUGCGUUUCCGACUCGCAGCCGCAGCCCCAGACUAGAGUGAAAAAGCCCAUCGCGGGGGUCAUCGGCCCCGGCUCCAGCUCGGUUGCUAUCCAAGUCCAAAAUCUGCUCCAGCUCUUCGACAUCCCCCAGAUCGCUUACUCCGCCACCAGUAUCGACCUGAGCGACAAAACGCUGUACAAAUACUUCCUCAGGGUGGUCCCCUCAGACACGCUGCAAGCCAGGGCCAUGCUCGACAUCGUCAAGCGCUACAACUGGACCUACGUCUCCGCCGUCCACACGGAAGGAAAUUAUGGGGAAAGUGGAAUGGAAGCCUUCAAAGAGCUGGCUGCCCAAGAAGGUCUCUGCAUUGCUCACUCUGACAAGAUCUACAGCAACGCCGGGGAAAAGAGCUUUGAUCGCCUGCUCCGCAAGCUGCGCGAAAGGUUACCCAAGGCAAGAGUGGUGGUUUGCUUCUGUGAGGGAAUGACAGUGAGGGGGAUGCUCAUUGCCAUGAGACGCCUGGGAGUGCUUGGGGAGUUCCUGCUCAUUGGAAGUGAUGGUUGGGCAGACAGAGAUGAAGUCAUUGAAGGUUAUGAACCUGAAGCAAAUGGGGGCAUCACUAUCAAACUGCAGUCUCCAGAGGUCUUGUCAUUUGAUGACUACUAUCUGAAGCUGCGUCUGGACACCAACACCCGCAACCCCUGGUUUCCUGAGUUCUGGCAGCACAGGUUUCAGUGUCGCAUCCCAGGGCACCCACUGGAGAAUCCCAACUUCCAGAAGAACUGCACAGGCAAUGAGAGCCUAGAAGAAAAUUAUGUGCAGGACAGUAAAAUGGGAUUUGUCAUCAAUGCUAUAUAUGCUAUGGCUCAUGGGCUACAAAAUAUGCAUCAUUCCCUUUGCCCUGGACAUGUUGGGCUGUGCGAUGCUAUGAAGCCAAUUGAUGGCAGCAAGCUCUUGGAGUUCCUCCUCAAAUCCUCAUUCAUCGGUGUUUCUGGAGAAGAAGUUUGGUUUGAUGAAAAGGGAGAUGCCCCUGGAAGGUAUGACAUUAUGAACCUGCAGUACAUAGAGCCCAACCGUUACGAUUAUGUCCUCAUUGGGACCUGGCACGAGGGCGUGCUCAACAUUGACGACUACAGGAUUCAGAUGAACAAAAGUGGAAUGGUCCGAUCCGUGUGCAGUGAGCCUUGCUUGAAGGGCCAGAUUAAGGUGAUCAGGAAAGGCGAAGUGAGUUGUUGCUGGAUUUGCACUGCUUGCAAGGAGAAUGAAUUUGUUCAGGAUGAAUUCACAUGUAAAGCCUGUGAGCUUGGCUGGUGGCCGAAUGCUGACCUGACAGGCUGUGAACCCAUCCCUGUAAAGUAUCUCCAAUGGAGCAAUAUAGAGUCUAUUGUGGCCGUGGUCUUUUCCUGCCUGGGGAUCCUGGUCACCAUGUUUGUCACCCUUAUCUUUGUGCUCUACAGGGACACCCCUGUUGUCAAAUCCUCCAGCCGGGAGCUCUGCUACAUUAUCCUCGCUGGUAUCUUUCUGGGUUAUGUCUGCCCUUUCACCCUUAUAGCUAAACCCACCACGACAUCCUGCUACCUCCAGCGCCUUCUGGUGGGUCUUUCCUCUGCCAUGUGCUACUCUGCCCUUGUGACCAAAACCAACCGUAUUGCUCGCAUCCUGGCAGGCAGCAAAAAGAAGAUCUGUACCCGCAAGCCGCGUUUCAUGAGUGCAUGGGCCCAAGUGGUCAUUGCAUCCAUUUUGAUCAGUGUGCAGUUGACACUGGUGAUCACGCUGAUCAUCCUGGAGCCCCCGAUGCCCAUCCUCUCCUACCCCAGCAUUAAGGAAGUUUACCUUAUCUGCAACACCAGCAACCUAGGCGUCGUGGCUCCCGUGGGCUACAAUGGACUCCUCAUCAUGAGCUGUACAUACUAUGCCUUCAAGACUCGCAAUGUGCCUGCCAAUUUCAAUGAGGCCAAGUACAUUGCAUUCACCAUGUACACCACUUGUAUCAUCUGGCUGGCCUUUGUGCCUAUCUAUUUCGGGAGCAACUACAAGAUCAUCACCACCUGUUUUGCAGUGAGUCUGAGCGUGACAGUGGCACUGGGGUGCAUGUUCACUCCUAAGAUGUACAUCAUCAUAGCCAAGCCUGAGAGGAACGUCCGCAGUGCCUUCACCACCUCAGAUGUGGUGCGUAUGCAUGUCGGGGAUGGCAAGGCACCUUGCAAGUCCAACACUUUCCUCAACAUAUUCCGAAGAAAGAAGCCAGGGGCCGGAAAUCCAAAGAAGAGGCAGCCAGAAUUCUCGCCCACCAGCCAGUGUCCGUCGGCACAUGUGCAGCUUUGAAAAAUCCCACACUGCAGUGAAUGUUUUUGCAUGGAGAUGACAUUAUCCUGUGUGCUUUAAACAACAACCUAGAGGCUGUCUCAUGGCAAGACACCUUUGCUGAGCACAGCUCUUGCUGACUGUGCUUGUUAGUGAACUGCUGCUGCAGAGCCAGCAGAGGGAACACAAAAAACACCAGUUUGGUGGGAUUCGCAGAACAGGGAAAUCAUGAGCAGUCACAUGUAAAUAAAACCAGCAGAAUCUGACCUAGGAACAAAGAGUUGCCCUUUGAAAACUAGCAGAGAAAAUUUUCCUGUUAUAAUUUCUGAAAGAUACUCAGAUUCUGCAUAUUCUGCAUUUAGUGAACAAUAGCAAAUUUCAGCUCUUCGGAAAAAAGAAGUGCAAAUACUGCCCUCUCUGAGCAAACACAAACCCGGUGGAGAAAACAUGCUAACUGUUGCAGAAACAGAAAGGCCUCUCCUCAGUUCUUCCAUAACAGAUUUAAGCUCGUUUCCAUCUGACAAACUGCAGAUGUGAAACAGUCCUGCUCCCUGCCUCAGGGAAGGUUGUGCAGUGACUGAGUGGAAAGUGGCCUGUGAUCCACUGACACAGCAUUUUGAGCAGCCGUCUCUGUAUGGCCAGAGAUGCUGCUCAGCUCCUCUAAUCAGCGACAAAGCAGUCUAGCUCUGUACAUGCCUCUGACAGUCUAUGCUAAUUGUCGACAGGUAGCACUGAUAUUAACUCAAUCAAAUCUGCCCCUCUGAUUUGCAGAUCAGAACAAAUGCAUACGAUGCAUCUUAUAUUUGCAGCAAUAGUGGUGGUUUUCCAGGGCCUGUGCAGCAACCUGAGAUUUGCAACCCUGAAAGGCAAAUUUUACAAAGCCAGUGUAAGGAGCAGUACGAACAGUUUGUUAUUAGCUUCCACUCUGACAACAGUACUCCCUGCUUUUCUGAUCUGGAACAAAUGCUGCAGAUUCGAAGGGCACAGAUCGCCAAUUGUUUGUCUGGAAAGACCGAUGAUGCAGUGGGACUCCAGCACAGAUAUACCAUAAGGAGGCAAAGAAAGGCAAAUGCAACAACGGAUUGUUUUCAAAAAGCUUGGGCACAAACUGUAAAACUCCUGAGCACAGGGAAGGCUGAAUCUCUUACUUUUUGCAUGACAAUGCUUGGGAUUUUUUUUUCAUUUUGGAAAAAAAAAAUCCUUAUCUACAUGAGCUCCUGAGAAACACCUCUGGUGGGACUCCCACCAGUCAAUAGGACUGUGGCAGUUGCACAGAUAAGGAAGGCUUUAAAAAGCACCAGAGCUUUUCAGACCCACUGAGCAUGAAGCCUGCUAUUUUGGCCUCUCCCCGCUGUCCCUGGUCCGCAGGCUUCUCCUUCCAGCCAGGGCUGAUGCUUUCAGAGGCCGGGCAGUGCUGCACUGUGGCCAGGGCAAGGGCACGUCCUUCAUCAGCAACCGACUGCCUCAGCUCCCUGUGGCCACGCAGCCCAGGCUGAGCAGUGGCAUGUGUCCAUCAUUUCGCCAGAUGCCCAACACCACUGCUUGGCCUCAUGCCUGAGCCUCAGUCACCAGAACUGCAGCAGUUCGUGAGCCUGGAUCUUCCUGGGGAAGCCGUGCUUUGCUCCCCCAAGAUGCUAGAAAUCCCUACAGGUGCUAUGAUUUCCCUUGCCUUCCAGUUCCAAGUAAAAAGGUGUAGGGACUUGAAACACUCUUCUGUUUUGAUAUACACAAUACUUAGAAUCUGUUAUUGUGCUAAUGUUGAUCUCCAUUCUCUGUGUGACCCUGGAGAUGGCCAGAAGUGUAUAGUCAUACAACCAUAGAAUAAUAAAAUUUUCUUAUCGUAUUAAAAAACUCAGCAAAAUCAGCUUUGAGUUUCAGGGCUCUUUUCUUUGAAGCUGCCCAUUUGUUACCAUGGAAACCUCCAGAUACACCCAGAAAACCCACAGGCUUUACCAGCUGCUUUAUCUACUGCAGCAUAUUAGGGAGAGCUGAAUAGCACAAAUGAGGGGCCUCAUGACUAAGCUUCCUGUGGCAACUGGGUUAAAUUUGCAUUCAAAAUGUUGGCAUGUUAAGGCAAGUCUGAUGGCUCUUCAAGCACUGUUUAAACUGUUGGGAGUUUAUUUUAUUUGCAAGUAUGCCAGAGAAUCUGACAAGUUAUAGCUGGAGAAAGACUCAUUGACUGCUACAUCUGCAAAGGCUGCACACUUUUUGGCAGCAAAUAUCCAGAGCAACAGGCUUCAACAUUAGGAAUUUAUUCCUGCUCUGAUAGAGCUAUUGACUAGAAAGUUUUCUGGAUUUUCACUAUAAUUUUUCCCUUUUUAAAUUUCAUCUAAGGCUCUCAGUUGUGCAUCUUUAUGCUAUAUGAGAUACCUUCCAGCCUCUGUUCUAAUGCCUUUUGGUUGUUUGAAAUAUGUUACUGGGUUGUUGCAUCAAAAUGAAUACAUUCAGCUAUUUCAGCUUUUUCUCAUGCAUUCUUUUCUCUGUCCCCAAUAUUUUUUUUCUUGCUGUUCUGUAUACAGCUUUCAGUUUGUCAAUAUCUUUCUCGUAAAAAACACGGUGCUCCAAGUCAUUUUCCAUCAGAACCACAGAGGAUUGCAGAAAGCAAGGACAAACCUCCAACUGUCGUAAUUACUAUUAAACUGCAUUCAUAGGAAAGACCUCCUAAUGUCUGUACCAUGGUGUGCUGCUUUUGAGCAGGGAACAGAGAAUUCCUGGGCUAUUUUUUGUGGUUUUAUUAUAUUCAAAAUUCAUUAAUUAGUGUGUUUUAUUCAACAGCAGCUCCAUGGUAUUUCUUUUUAGUCAAUGUUUUUUGAAGCUUGUGGAUCUUCACAGCCUUCCAGUCUUACAAACUACUUCGUCUUAGCUGCACCCACCUACACUUUUCUGAAAUUAAUUUCAUUCUAUCAUUUUCUUCCCAUGUUCCUAAGCUUUCCAGGUGCUUUUGCUCAACACAUUGUAAUUUUCAGUUUUCAGGUUCUAUUUGCUGUGCUCCCGUUCGAGCCUGUCUAAAUAAAUUCUUCAGUUCAGGUGUUGUUAUUGGCUGCACUGUCAUAUAUAUAUUUUUUGAAUGAGUGGUAUGAGAGAUAUCUUCAGAUAACACAAAUGUGCUUCUCCGUUGAUAUCAGAGGAUCUAUAAUGAUUUAAACCAAGAUUUUUCUAUGCACUAACUUUAAAAUCCUGAAAAAAAAAAAAAUACAAAGAUAGGAUGCAUUCAUUCUGAAUAUUUGGUGGGUUUUUUUUUAAUUAAUGACAACAAAAUAAACAUAUGCUGAAUUUUUCACUAGUAAGAGCACUUUUUAACUUCAUUUUGAUUUGCAGGUUUCUGAUCUUAAUUUCUUGAACACUGGAUGAAUUUGCCUGCUAUUUGAGACAGACUGUUUAUUGUCCUGAACUUUGUAUUGUCUAUUAGAAUAAGUUGUGUUCUCCAAGCAAGAUAUUUUUUUCAAAAUAUUUAAUGAAGAGUUUGUGAGCUGCAACACUGCUUUGCACUUUUGAGGACACUUUUAUAAUGUCAAAACUAACAGGGAACAAGUAGUUUGCAAACUCUGCAAAUAGAUUUCUUUAAAUUAUUCAUAGUAACUUAUUUGUAAUCAGUUUUCUACAAUAAAACACACAGAUGAACUCAAAGUUUCUUUGUUAAUAAUUAGAUGAAUGAUUGAAAUGUGAAACAACUUCUAUAUUUCAGAUCAGACAAAAAUUAAUAUUAAUAACAAUAAUUACUAUUCAGGUCUUUAUACACAUUAUCAAUGUAAUUUUCUCAUACCUUUGUUGAGCUUACUUAAGUAAGAUGUGUGAUCCAUACUGAAGCUAUAGGAUGUUAACCACACUGAAUCAUUGCAAUGAGCAACUCUCCCACCACCAUCCCCAAAUUUACAGUUGUAUAAAAGUGUAUAUGUACAUAUAUGUAAAUGUUAAGUCCGAAAGCGAAUGAAUCUUUUUAUUUAGGGAUAUUUGGUUAUAUCUCAACUGCUGGGUUUGGGAGUACUUCCCUUCCCCUGCGAUCAAGCAGGAGCCUAGCAGAAACCCACUUCCACAGCAGCGUGAGCAUAAAGUGUGUGACCCCACUCUUGGCUCCUGCUUUCCCCAUCUGGGUGACCAGGGCAUAGAGAUAGUGGGGGGCUGGCGCCCUCUGAUCCUGCCACAAGGGUCUGAACCCAACUGGGACACUCUGUGGAUGGAAACCAGGAUCACAUCACAGGUACACAGGCUAGACAUAGCAACUGCAUCUACAUUACAGACUGUAUAAUAUUAAGAUUUCGAUUUAAAAAUAAUGAAAAAUAAAAUCAGCAAAAAAACAGUUAUCAGUAGUGUUGAUGUACAUUAGAAAACCUUUGUGUAACUCACAUCAAAGUAAUGUUUAAUUUUUGCAGCAGAAUAACUAAUGAAGGCAAUAACUAGGUUAGAUUUAGUUGACAUAAGCCAGUGGCAAGACAGAGGGUUGGAAAGGUGGCUCUGGACUUGUGCUCACCCACAACAACCCCAAGUCUCAUGAGGUUCUGUGCUUGCAAGGCAAGCUGACAGUGUUAUGUUUUCCUGUAGUUUGUGUAGCAAUUUCCAUCAUACAUGGAGCAGCUCUCUAAUUUACAUACAACUUUGUGUCCUGUGCCCAAGGCGAUUUUAUACCAAAAAAAAAAAAAAAAAAAAAGGAAGGGAGUGACAGUAAAAAGUUAGUUCAGUAAUUUCACUUUCUAGAAAUGCCAGUGAGAGGUUACACUUUGCUCUCAUUAUACAGCACCACAGAAAGCACUGGAGUCACACUGUGAGAAAUGUUCCAAGGUCCUCUUAUCUAUGAGAUAGCAAUUACAGUGUAAAUGGACUGAGGCUGAACUUAAGUUUUUUUGUUUGGGUUUGGUUUAUUUGUUUUAUUGGUUUUAGUUUUGAGUUUGUUUGGGGACUUGUUUUUUUCUGUUUUUGUUUGUUUGUUUUUUUUUUGUAUUGGGUUUUGGUUUUGGUUUUGGUUUUUUUUCUUUAAGUGAUAAUACCUGAUGCUUAUCAGACAAAAAACCUGAGCAUACACCAGACUGGGACUGUAGUUUAUGAUGGUUCCCUCACUCUUGGAGGAGCCACAGGGUGGUUAAACCUGAAUUAGUAAAAUAUAUGAGUCCCUAAAAGCAAUGCUCCAAAAGCUGGGGGUGCAGGAACAUGCCAACCAGUGUGGCCUGCUCUGCCAUUAAUAGUGAGUGUCACAGCUGAUGGCUGCAGGUCUGAGAGGAGGGUCCUGUGUAGCACAGGGAGGUAUCACUGCCCUGGAUUAAAACCAGUGAAUUCCCUUAAACAGAUUUCAUGCCCCAGUGGUCUUACUGAAAUGGAAGCAAUAAUGGAAGAGACCUUGGGGAUACCAGCAAAGCACCUGCAAUGUGCUGCAGUGCAGGUACUGGCCUUAAAUUUUAAGCUUGUUGGCUUUAGUCCUGGGAAUGGUGAGGCUGCAGUGGGGCAGAGCUUUACUCAGGCUCAUUACUGCCUCCUAUAUGACCACAGGGUUGGAGAAAGCUUAUGGAUGGCUAACUGCCAUUCUGUGGGCAAGGCAGAAAUUCCCCUGCCUGAUUCCCUACGAGAGCAUUCAUCAGCAGCUGCUGUUUACCUGAGAAAGACUUUGUCCAAUGUGCAGCUUUUGCAUGGGCCCUCUCCUUUGCUCUGCUCCCCUGCUGUUUCCGAAGGUGCGCUGGGACAGCCUUGUGGGUGCUGCUUUCUGGAGCAGAGUUUUCAGGUGGCUGGGAAUUGUGUCCUGCUCUGUGAAGGUGGGAGCAUCAUUUGUUGACUUGGCAGUACCUGACGCUGACCUCAUCUGGUUGUUGAUAGGAUAAUUCAGGGUUUGGUUUGGACCAAAUUUUUGAUGAAGAAGUUCAUAGGCCCUUCUCGAGUUACAUUUAGUGUUCAUUCCUAAAAUCUUAGCUUUGUAGAAGGGACCACUAGAUUAACCCACUGCCUCUUACUGGCUGUUGCAUUUCAGUUACUGUAGUGACUACAAAGUGAUAGGUCUGACCAAAUCAUCAGUCUGACAAUGAAAGAAAGGGAACAUAUAUAACUUCUCUUAUAAACUUUUCCACUGGUAAAUUGCCAUUGCUACUUUGAAAAACAGCCUUAUAUCAUAAAUCUGUGCUCUGAAUCUUGUCGAACACAACCUGGCCUGACCCAAAUGACUGUAUCACUCAUCUCAGCAGGCUUAAGCUGCUCCCUCAACUCAUGGCCAUUUGGAGAAGAUAACAAACCACACGUCUGGCAUCCUAAAGGAAUGAAACAGGGGAUGAACUCUAGCAGAUCAAGGAAUGUCCCUUUCUUUUUAACUGGAAAGACACUUCUCAAGCACUUUGCAUGACUGCAUCUCCAGCUGUUUCACUCUGGCAGUGAGAAGCACUACCUCAAAUGAGGAACCUUUCUGCAACUCAUUGGCUCCUGAAGUUAACCUCAUCAGAGCACAUAUCACUCAGUUGGGCCACUUCAUGUGAUAUCAGUUGGGGAUUGUUACGCCUAAAAUGUUCAAGGCAAAAAAGACAAAGAUUCAGGCACACAGGACUGAAAGCUCAUCUAAUACUCUAUGCUCUGGGUCUCAGACUAUAGCUUUGCUGAUGAGAUGACUGUGAAGUUGCACAGGCUAGAUUCCCUUAGACCACUGGGGCAAUCACCUUCCACCUCAGGAACAUUCAGUCUCUAAGAUUUAAAGAAACCAGUGCUAGUCAAUAACUAAAGUAAGACAUCUUCAGGACCCCGCAGUGUGGGGAGGAACCACCUGUUGUGUGGGGCUCAUAUUCAACAUUGCUCCAAGGAAGCCAACAAGAUCAGAUCCCCCAGGCACUGGCAGAAGCAAGACUCGGUUCUUGGCCCAUGACUUGGUGGGGUUGGGGCAGUCCUGAUCACAGGCAAGAGCAGGAUUUUGGGAAGCUGGAGUUACUUAACAAUGAACAAUGAGCCACCUAACAAGAUGUAGUCCCAGCUGGCCAGGGAUAUUUUGGACCACAGUCCCAAAUUUGCAUACAUUGUGUCUUUUAAAAACUUUCUGCAAGUAACUAUUAAUGUCUGAAGUUGUUUUCCAGCUUGUUUAUUGCCUCUAAUAAUCUGCUGAAAGUACCUGAAAAUGACUGCCUCAGAGUCAUGCAGAGAGUACAUUUGAAAGGUCAAUGCAUGUAUUAAAAAUAACAGUUAGAAUUACCAAAAACAGUGACAGACCUGUUUAUGGAACUAAUAAAAAUUCACACAAGAAAUAUACUUAUGUCUAUUCCCCCAAAGUACAAAAACUCAGACAAAUCUGUGGUGAAAACUGAGAAACUGCAUCUUAAGUCAUUGUAUAAUAUAUCCUUGCCUAUAAAGGAAAAGCAAGCCCAUCUUCUGUGUUGAUAGGAUAUCUGAGAACCUGUCUGUGCAUUUAGUCUAGAUGAAAGAAUGUGAAUAAAUCACACUUGGAGUUUUACACUGUGUAUACACAACUUCAAACUUUAAGAUCCCUUGAGACUCCAAGGAAUUUACUUGUAGGCAGUAAGUGUGAAGUCUAAAUCUAUGGGAGAUUGUGUAAAGGAGAAAGUUAAGAAAGGCAAAAAAAUACAUGAUGGACAUUAAAUGGGUAACUGUCCUAUGGAUAAAAGCAAGAAAACACAGGUUAGUCCCACCUCGUCAUUGUGCAGAUAAAUGAACAUCAUGUUUUCAACACUCUAGCUGUUAUCUGGCUUGCUGCCCUCUUCUGCCCUUCUGUGGAAAAAUCAUCCCUUCUCCCACUGUAUCAGGCAGAUUAUUUUGAUCUUUGCUUUCUUCUUAAGAAAGAAGGUGACAAUCACUUAGUGAAUGGUGACCAUGCAUCCCUGUCAUAAUUUAACCCCAGCCAGCAACUAGGACCAUGCAGCUGCUCACUUAUUGCCCCUCCCUUGAGUAGAAUAGGGGAUACACUUGGAAAGAAAAAAAAAAAAAAGGAAAACAACAAACUUGUGGGUUGAGAUAAGAACAGUUUAAUAGGACAGUAAAGUAAGAGAUAAUAAUAAUAACAGAAUAUACAAAACAAGUGAUGAGCAAUCCAAUUGCUCACCACUCACAACACCAAUAGCCCAUUUAUUCCCAAGCAGUGGUAUUUGCCCCCUGGCCAACUAUAGUUUAUAUACUGAGCAUGAUGUCACAUGGUAAGGAAUAUCCCUUUGGCCAGCUUGGCUCACCUGCCCUGACCUUGUUCCCUUUCAGCUUCUUGUGCGCCUGGUAGAACAUGGGAAUCAAAAAGUCUUUGAUUACCUGGCAACAACCGAAACAUCAGUGUAUUAUGAACAUUUUUCACAUACUAAAUCCAAACACAGCUAUUAGAAAGAAAAGUAACUCUGUCCCAGCCAAAACCAGGACAAUCCCACAUGCAGUCAGGAUCAUCAUCAUCGCUUCACACAAGUGGGUUGAGUUGUAUCUUGCCGAGACCCAGCUCAAGUCUGAGCUUUUCCAGCCCCAUAUUUGCUUUUUGCCUAGAUGUUGAUUAAAAUCAUUCAAGGUGGCUGAUCUUCGUUCUAGGAUAGCAAGUGUUUUUCUUGCAUGUUAAUUGUCAAUUCUGCUUGAAUGUGUCAAUCUUGGAGUGACUCCCUACCAGCUGUUCAGUAAGACAGAGCCCAGGUAUUUCUAUGACAGUCUUGUGGCUCUCCCUCAGAUGCGACUCAUUGACAGGCUAAUGGUGCAUGGACACAGUGAAGAGAGCAAGUUGAAGGAAAGACCUGGAACGAGAGACUGAGGAGAGCAGUAACAGUAAGGAGAGAUUUCCCAGUAGAAAUUGCCAGACUGACCCCAUGGAGAGCCACUGUGGAUCUAAAGCUAUUUGUCAUCGGAGCCAUGAGCAGCUGAGGUGCUUUGCAGGCACCACAUUUCCCCGUAGAGCAAGCUGGUAACAGGCAAAUCCUGAUUAAGCAGUUUGUUCACAUUUGGGUGCUGCAGACCCAGCACAGUUUGUUCUAAGUAUAGCGUUUGACUUGGGCUUGAUGAAGUACAUUAUGGAGAGUACUACAGAAGAAAGAAGUCAGAAGAGCAGAAUUUUAAAGUGAGGGGGAGGAGAAUGAACUGAAUAGGAGGAAGAUCUGAAGACAGAGGUAGUGAGUUCCUUAAAAUAGCAGUGCUUGCCUUUGAUGUAAAAUACAAAAUCUUGGGAACAAAAUGAGACAGAGGCUAAAUGGAUGGUGUGAGGAGGGAUUCAAAAGUGAGAUGACACACCAGAGCUGGGUAUGAAGAAGCAAACGAUGCAGGAGUGGACUUAGCAUAAGAGACAGCAGAUACUAAUGUUUUUUUCAGAAAAGUCCUUUGCACUGUUUGUAAGCUAUAGCAUCAGCAAAAUACAAUAAGAAAACACUCAACUUAUUUUCCUCUAUGCAAGAAGAGACUUGUUUUGAAAUCAAAGCAGAUAAAACUUGUUUCUCUGUGAAGAGUUUGCAGACCUUAGUAUGUUAAAAUAUUACUUUAAAAAUCUUUCAUGCUCAACAGUUAUAUUCAUUUGCUUAUCUCUAUAGCACUUCAAAAAAUGCCAUACCACAACUCAUUUUGAUCAAAAUGGGAAUGCUUCUAAACCUUCGUUCUUAUCUUUUCAUUGAUACAUAGAGGUUUCAUUCUUCAGGUGGGAACUUGUUUUUUUUUUCCUUCCAGGAUAAAUCUCUAAAUUCAAACAGUUCCAGGUCCUACCAGCUACAUGAUUUGUGGUGUUAUACAUUAUUUAGAUUGGUCAGUUCUUGUGAGCCAGUUCCCACAGAGGUCCAGUCACAGGUCCAGUGUCUGGAGUCUGGAGUUGGAGAUGAACUUCCCCACUUAAUUUUAAUUAAGUGCCACAUUUUCAUGUACAUUGCUUUUCCAUUUUGCCAGAUUUACAGCAUUAUCUUUCAUGUACCAGUUCCUCCCAGCUAUCACAAAGUCAGUCUUUUUUUUUUUUUUUUUUUUAUAUGAACUCCAACUGUUAAUUAAUUGCUCCCUGAAAAAGACAAGCGCAGGAGUCUGAGCACAAAAAAGCAAAAUACUGAGAACAAUAUUGCAGGCUGUACGUAAGAGAAGCAAUCUCCUGGUGUGUGCAGUAGUGGGAGGCAACGCUGCUGUGCCAGCCUCCCACACGGAUUGCCUCCCACCUGCACUGCAGUCACAGGGGCUGAAAUGUAAUCCUUUGUUUACUUCUGCCCCCUGAGGGACGAAACCGUGAGAUAAGGCUGCUCCACAUACAUCAUCUGAGAAUUUCUCUCCCAUCUCUAGUUUCCACCCAGGUGAUGUGUAUUAUAAUUUGUAAAUGUUUUCUACUGUCUGACCUGCAGUUAAACAAUCGCUUAGUCCUCUUAAGCAGCACUCAGCUCCCUGUCCCACCAGCUGCUAAUGAGACAUCACUCUGCUUUGAGUGCUGCUCAUGAAAAUGCAAAAAUCCCACUACAAUUCCUCAGGGACAGACCUGACUGAUCCUCAGGUCCUCACUCAGCCAAACAGUCCAGCAUUUUGAUGGGAUCCAGCUCACCUGUGGAGUCGGAGGGUUUGACUCGCCGUGAUUGCGUUGCUGCUUGUUCUCCACCCGCACAAACCCAGUUUUCAAUCCCAGCAUUUUAUCCUGGUUUGUCAACCACAGUCUCUUGGGAAGAAGUGCAUUUGUCUCCUACCUGAUGGAGGUCCUGAUGGUCUUUCAUUUCUGUAAUAGCUAAUCUGUUCCUGCGUGCAAAAGGGGCCAGGGAAUAAAAAGGAAAGGAGAGGCUAGUGACAAUUCCUUUCUCUAACCAGGGUGUUUUGAGUUGUUUUUCUUCCAACAGUUUGGAAAUAUUUCCUAUGAGCUGUAAAUUGGGUUUAAUUAAAGCUAUUCCUGUGACUUUUUUCCACUUUAUUUUAUUCCUUCUGCAAGGUGGGGUCGGCAAACCUAGCUGCAAAAUGCCAUGGCUAGAGUCCUUUAAAUAUUGUCAGUCCUCCCAGAGCCCUCCCGGGGCUAGGCUUUCCAGGCUGGCUGUGAGGUCGGUAACCAAAGUGGA